CUAUUAAUGAUACUAUAUGUAUACAUAUAUAUGUCCAUCAUUCAUCUCAAUAAUUCAAAGCUCCUUGGUCAUCUUAUCAUGACUAGAUUUGAAGUGGUUUUCAUCGCUACCCCAGCCCUCGGCAACCUUGUUCCAAUUGUGGAAUUCGCGGAUCUCCUAACCAAACACAACCCUCAAUUAUCUGCAACCGUUCUCACUGUCACCACGCCGCAACGACCCCUCAUAAGCACCUACGUCCAAUCCCGCGCCUCCUCAGCCACUAAUCUCAAACUCCUCCACCUCCCUACAGUGGACCCACCCACACCCGACCAGUACCAAUCCUUCAUCGCCUUCGUCUCCCUCCACAUCCAAAAUCACAAACACCAGGUCAAGAACGCGCUCCUCAACCUCAAAAAAAACGAGUCAAACUCGUUUGACUCGGUUCGACUCGUCGCUCUCUUCGUCGACAUGUUCUCCACCACGCUCAUCGACGUCGCCGCCGAGCUCGCCGUCCCGUGCUACCUCUUCUUCGCGUCACCGGCGAGCUUCCUCGGCUUCACGCUCCACCUCGACCAAGUCGACCCGGUCGAGUCGGAAUCCGAGUUGGCGGUUCCGAGUUUUGAAAACCCCUUGCCACGGUCCGUUUUGCCCAACCUCGUGUUGGACGCGAACGACGCGUUUUCUUGGGUGGCAUACCACGCGAGAAGGUACAGGGAAACAAAGGGCAUCUUCGUGAAUACGGUUCAAGAGCUUGAACCUCACGCGCUUCAGUCACUCUACAACGAUUCGGAAUUGCCACGCGUUUAUCCAAUUGGGCCGGUUCUUGACCUUGUUGGAUCGAACCAAUGGGAUCCGAACCCGGCCCAAUACAAGCGAAUUAUGGAGUGGCUUGAUCAGCAGCCUGUGUCUUCAGUGGUUUUUGUCUGCUUCGGGAGCAUGGGAAGCUUAAAGGCAAACCAGGUGGAGGAGAUUGCAACUGGGCUUGAAAUGGCUAAUGUUAGAUUCUUGUGGGCUUUGCGGGAGCCUCCGAAGGCCCAAUUGGAAGACCCGAGAGAUUACACAAACCCCAAGGACGUGCUACCAGAUGGAUUUCUUGAACGAACGGCUGAGAUGGGUUUGGUGUGUGGGUGGGUCCCACAAGCGGUGGUGUUGGCCCACAAGGCCGUAGGGGGUUUCGUGUCGCAUUGUGGUUGGAACUCGAUAUUAGAGAGCUUGUGGCAUGGUGUACCGAUUGCCACGUGGCCGGUGUACGCUGAGCAACAAAUGAACGCGUUUCAAAUGGUUAGGGAAUUGGGAUUAGCGGUGGAGAUUAGGGUAGAUUAUAGGGUGGGUGGGGAUCUGGUGCGGGCAGAAGAAGUGCUGAAUGGCGUGAGGUCGCUGAUGAAGGGUGCUGAUGAGAUCCAAAAAAAGGUGAAAGAGAUGAGUGACAUCUGUAGAAGCGCAUUGAUGGAGAACAGGUCAUCUUACAAUAACCUAGUGUUCCUAAUUCAACAGUUGACAAGUUGAACAACCCAUGCAAUCAACUGCUUUUUUAGGGAUUAAAUAAUAAAGUUUCAUAAGUAUGGAUUAUGCAAUUUUUUAUUUUAUAAAAAUGGAUAAUGCAAUUCUAAUAGUAGUUUUUAUACUAUCGAUCAAUAAAUCAUUUUUUAUGUUA